CGAGCUCAUUCUUUUUCCAAACUUCGAGUUCAUUACCUAAGUCGGUUCUUAUCAGAACUUACCUUUAGAAUGGCCACAAGAACCCUAGAGACCGUAUGCUCGUUUACAAGACGGAAUGUGCAUCUCUUUAGAGAUGACGGGCGCAUAAUCGGCGGUACUUUUCAGAAUGGAAGCAUUACUAAUGACAACUUUUAUUUUAUGUGUUCGAUCUUCCUACAAUUCGAUGACCCUUCCUCGCAAUGGGCAAUUUUCACGCUUGGAGAGAACGGACAGACAGGCAACAGAAUCCAGCGAUCUAACCAACAGCUCCAGGAGGGGUUCUAUAUUAUUCUUCGCGAUAAGUCGGGCGGCACGGUGAGCACCAGCAGGCUAUCGAACCAGGAAAAGCACUUUCGAGAUUCGCUGAGAGAGCGUGACGAAGGCUGCGUCAUUACGGGAUACAAAAUGGUUGAAUUUACAGGACUUCACGCGGCACAUAUCUUUCCUGUUGCAAGGCAAGCCAUGUGGAACUCGAAUAGCUAUACUACAUGGAUCUCGGAUACCUCACCGGCGACCGCGAUCUCUAGCAACAAAAUCUAUUCGCCGCAGAAUGGCUUGUUGCUUCAGGCAUCUAUUCACGGCCUGUUUGACACAUACAGAGUGGCCAUAAACCCACAUGACAACUACAAAGUGACGUGCUUUAUAAGGGACGAAACAAUGCUCAACCUUGAUGGCAGGUUUCUCGCCAACAGUGCAACCCAUCCCAGCAACUCUAAUCAUCGCAUCAGCGAUGAAGCCCUGCUCUGGCACUUCGAACAAGCUGUCCUCAAGAAUGUGCGAGCAGCAGGCGAACAAUGGCCGGAUUGGGAAUAUGACCUCGGAGAACGUGGGGACAUCAUCACUGAGAUUUCCCAGGGCCCGAACCCAGAGGAGCGCAUGGAGCUUGAGCUGUUUACACGGCUCGCAUCCCACGAGGUUAGCAUCGCAAGCUGUUUUCUGUACCCUGCUAACCGUCUCAUCAACUACUUGGUAAUAGUAAUUUCUUGUUUCUUGUUCUACUAGAUACCCUAUAUGUAUUUGCUGUAGAGUAGUCGUCAGGGAUAGGCGCGAGUCGAGAGAGGGAGGUAGAGAGUGUAUCGAAUUCGCGAGAGGUUGUCAAAAAAGAAGUUUCUGUCAUGAAUUCUUAUUAACAACCCCUACACCCGCC